AUGAAGGCCUUUGCUGUAUCAGGACUGCUGCUGUUCGUGUCCGGGAUAUGGAGGUGUUCUGGGCAAGCGUCAGCUAAACCGGUACUGUUUCAUCCAAGUGAACCUGAAAACUCUGAUGAAGUAUUCCUAGGGACAGUCUGCAUAGUGACGUCUGUGGGACCAGAUGAACUUGAGUUUGUAUAUCCUACCUUUUCCUGUGGGAUUGUUGUAGAGAUGGUAGCUGAUAGCCCUGUCUUGUAUACACGGCUCACCAAUAUGCCCAGAUUUAUGACUUUUUAUGUUGAGCUUAAGCUGAAGUGUGUGAUUCCCAGGUCUUUAGAAAAUGAGGUCUAUGUGGCUCCUGCUCAUAAAAGAUGGAUUAUGUACCACCAUAUCGCUCCUACUUUGGGGCCUAAAUUUAGCUAG